GAAAAAACAAAAAUGGUCGUUACCACAUACUGCGUUGAAUAUGCUCAGUCACAGAAGAGCGUCUGUCAAAAAUGUAACAAGGUUAUCCCAAACAAAUCGCUUCGUGUUGGUCGGAUGGAACGUCAAUCUGAAAAGGAGAAGAAGAAGUUUGCAAAGUUCUUUUGGUAUCACUUCAAGUGCUUUGAGGUACCUGAGAUCAUGACCAAGAUCCCUUUGCAUUUGAUCCGUGGACAGGUUGAUCUUUUGGAUAAGGACAAGCUUCGUCUCGAGAGAGUUAUCAAAUUGGGCGUAGGAGCAUCAUGGAGUCAGAUCGUGGACCAGCACAGGAAGAAAGUCAAAGAGGAAGAAGAUGCAGCGGCAGCAGAAGCCAUUGCUAAUGGCAAACCAUUAGCUAUCACUAAAACAAGAUCAAAUAAGGAUGACGACGAUGAUAUCGAGGAUGAUGACGAUGUAGAAAGGGAUUUCACCACACAAUUGACUGGAGAGAUUGAUCGGAAACAGGAACGUAAGAACAGAAAGAUCAACAAGUUGAAGGCCAAGACUGAUGGUGCAAAAGUUGCCAAGAAAUCACAAAAGGGAGGCGCUAAA